AAAUAAUGGUGCAAGUAGAGGAAAAUAAAGUAAUUGCCAUCGCCGAUGUGUUAAACAACCGUGAGCGACCUCUCAAGGAACGAUUUCGUGCAUUAUUUACGCUGCGGAACAUUGGCGGUGAACGUGCACUCGAGUCCAUCGGUCGGUGUUUUGAUGAUGAGUCGGCAUUGCUGAAGCACGAGCUGGCCUACUGUCUGGGCCAGAUGCAAGACGUUCGAGCCAUUCCUAUGCUAACCCGUGUGCUUGCAGACGUACAGCAAGAACCGAUGGUAAGACACGAGGCCGCAGAAGCGCUCGGUGCCAUUGGGGACAGCUCGAUCGAGGAAACGUUGGUCAGCUUCAGCAAGGAUCCCGUGAUAGAGGUUGCAGAAACGUGUGAAAUUGCACUCGAACGGGUACGGUGGUUGAAGGAAAAGAAAGCGAAGGAAGCACUGAAAGACAACAACCCGUACGCAUCGGUCGAUCCUACGCCACCGGCCGCUUCCAAGAGUGUCGAAGAGUUGAAGCAAAUCCUCAUGGAUGAAUCGGAUACGCUUUUUAACCGAUAUCGAGCUAUGUUUGCACUGCGUAAUUUGCGCACCGAGGAAGCAACGCUGGCGCUGGCCACCGGGCUGAAAGGUAAAAGUGCACUCUUCCGGCACGAAGUUGCAUUCGUGCUGGGACAGCUACAGGAAGAAUGUAGUGUACCGUUUUUGAUUGAAAGUUUGCGCGAUCCGGCCGAAAACGAAAUGGUGCGACACGAGUGUGCGGAAGCGCUUGGAGCGAUUGCGACGGACGAGUGUACCCGGGUGCUGAACGAAUUUCUGCGGGACGAAAAGCGCGUGGUAAAGGAAAGCUGCGAAGUAGCGUUGGAUAUGUGCGAGUAUGAAAACAGUCCCGAGUUUCAGUACGCCGAUACGCUCGUAAAGGUGAAUGAAGUGUAA